CCAGGCAUGGAGCAACAGGAGAAAAUCGCUCCGCCGCCGUCGCAGCCCCGCGUCGUCGGCAACUUCUGCAUCGAGGCCCUGCUGGGCCCCCGGCGGCCCCUCGACUCGCCCCGCAGCGAGUGCUGCACCGACGCCUCCGUCAGCCCAGCCAUCUCGCCCGGCUGCGAGGGCGACUCGCCGCCCCCGCCGCCCCACGCUGGCCCCCAACCCGCCGUCGUUCUCUCGCGUUUCUACCCGCCAGCCGGCCCCCAGGCCCCCGGACCCACCGGACUUUACUACCCGGGCUCGGGACAGGGAUCGGCCUUUCAUCCUCUCAUGAACGAGAUGAGAAACAACAAGGAUGGCUCGCUUGCCACAUCCCCAACCACUGGCGGCGGCGGAAGUUCGGCAUCUUCACCAAAUAAUUCCGGCACCGGCGGCCAUCAGAACGGGCCUCCCGGAUCGGCCGCCAGUGCGGUGGCCGCAGCCGUGGCCGCCGCAGCAGCGGCCGCUGCUCACCACCAGCAGCACCAACUGCAACACCUUCAACUCGAGUGGCUCGCCCGAACCUCGGGAAUGCUGUACCCGAGACUGCCAGACCUCGCCUGUGAGUACCUAGGUGGGCCUCAACACGCGUUGCUCGGAAAGACCAGGAGACCCAGGACAGCGUUCACCAGCCAGCAACUGCUAGAGCUGGAAAAGCAGUUCCGCCAAAACAAAUACCUCUCCAGGCCGAAACGAUUCGAAGUCGCCACAAGUCUAAUGCUGACAGAAACCCAGGUGAAGAUUUGGUUCCAAAACCGUCGGAUGAAGUGGAAACGGAGCAAAAAGGCGCAGCAAGAGGCAAAGGCGAAGGACGAGGACAAAAGGGGUGGUUCGGGGGGCAAGGAGAGUCGGUCGAGCCAGUCGUCGAUGGCCAAAGAGUCGGCGGCGGCCGCGUCCCUCAUGAGCGGCGGCGACAAUUCGAGCAGCUGCAGCAGCAGUUCGCCGGGCCAAGGGCCGCCCCCGCAAAGUUUGGCCACCCUGCUGGGGGCACAGCAGCACCGGGGGGCCAUGGAGGCGGCACGGCUGCCCCUCCACCAUCACCAUCCCAGACUCGGGCUGCCCCCUGAGUCGGCCGAGGCCCUUUACAGACCCUACGUUGUGUGACGUCCGGCGCUCGACCCUGAUUAGAUCUGACUGUGUUGAUUUUUGUUUGGUUUAAAUUUUAAAAUUCAUUUCAAUAUAGAAAAGUGUCGGAAAAGUUGUACAUAAUGGCAAUGUUAUUUGAAUAAGUAAGAGAAAUGUGUAAAUAUAUUAAUAUGCAAGAACACAAGAAGUCCAUUCUAGUCAUACAUACAAAAUGUUCUUUGCACAUUUUUUUUUCACUAAGAGAGAUUUUUCAUCCUAUUAUUAAGGCUUGCAAACUAUAUUUCAAAGACUAAAUUUUGACAGAGAAAAUCAGGAAUGAAUUAUUUCUAAAGUAGAAAAAUUUAAUGAACAAUACCUUUGAAAAUUUGUGUUGAAAACACCGGAAAAAACCUUUGGAAAAUUAAUUUUCUCUGUCUUCAGAUGUUCCUCAAUUAAUGAAAGAAAGGAUUUUCUUGAAGGGUUUCAACAGAGUCAUGAUUAUUAUUGAUAAAUAAUUUAUAUCGAUGACUGAUGAUGAGUUCGCUAUAAUUAAAUUCAUAAAAUCAAAUUAUUUACAGGGAACUAUUUAAAAAUUUCUACCUCAUCAACUUU